GAAUAACUAAUAACCCGACCGUAGACAUUAUAUAUAAUCGUUUUUAACUGGGUGAUUGCAGAAUGUGUUUUUUCUGUUAAAGAGUUGUGUUCUUUCUUGGAAAGCAUCUGAGACGGAGCAGACAUGAUGGAUACAGGCCAAUCGGGAUUACGUCUACUCUUUGGGUUCUGUUUGAUGUUUGGCCCCUGCGUUGCUCUACCCAUGGUUGAAUUCAUGACUCGUGACCAGACUGUAAAUGAAGGAGAUAGUGUAGAGAUUUCGUUAUUUAGAGAUGAUGGUAUGGACCGUCUAACUGUAAUUAUAUCAUACACCGAUGGCACUACUACUAGCGAUGACUACGCAGCAGUAACCCAAGUUGUGUUUCCCCCCGGCAGCCCAGUUACAACGUUUACCAUUAACAUCACUGAUGACCAGCUAUUUGAAGCAAAUGAAACAUUUACAGUGACACUGGCAAGUAUGCCAGCUACGUAUAAUAGAAAAUCUCCGUUUUCCUCAACUGUAACGAUCACCAGUGAUGAUGUCCCAGAAUUUGAGUUCAGUCCUGCUACUCUUACAAUAAAUGAAGAGACCGGCGGAAUAGGUUCUAUCCGCAUGACAAACCAUGCUUCCAACUCGCCAGAUUUUACAGUGCAUAUUGUAGCAAAAGAUGGAACCGCGCAUAGUCGCUUGGAUUACAUUUCAGUUGCGUCAUCAGUAACCUUCACCUCAGCAAGUGAUACGGUUCCUUUCCCUAUUUUUACCGUCCAGAAUCAAAUAGAUGAACCACCAAAGACAUUCACGUUUGAGUUUGAAUCUGGCUUCAAGACGGGAACAGAUGACACAUUAACUGUUACAAUCAUUGAUGAUGAUGUUUCCUACUUUGAGUUCGCUAGUAAUACCUACUCUACAGAUGAAGACCAGAAUGUUAUGAUUACGAUCAAUCGGAAAAGCCCUGUUGGUACUGUUAGCGUCAUUGUUAAUCUUGCUAUCGCCCAUGUGACGACCACUGCAGCUGACGUGGUUUCAUUUCCAUCCACCGUUACCUUCCCAGGAGGAUCUCCUUCACAGCAAUUUCCAGUUAAUAUUCUGGAUGAUAUAUGUGUAUACCGCAGAGUUCAGGCACAAGGAUUACAACAGGAUUAUGCUACAAACCAUGAGUUGUCACUGCAGAUCAGGAUGAUUCCAGCAAUGGCAUUCGUGCCAGUUGCUGACAUACCAGCUACAUUUGAAGCGUUACAAGAUGAUUCUCCAGAGGAUAUACAACCUAUUCUUGAUCAUUUUGAAGAUGUGUUCAUUGGACGAGCUAUAGACGCCGUGGUCGGAGAGACCAAAGUUUCUCACACGAACGAGUGGAUGAGGGAUUGCCACCGUGCAUGGGCGUCGAUCGGAAUACAAAGUGAAAGUAGAUCUAUAACUCGGAAAGAAAAACGAACAAUGGCUGCUUCUAAUGACAGUUGUGUUUAUCGUGCUUCGUCUCCGGGAAUCAACUCAUUCGACAAGUGCAAUACACACCACCUAGAGAACACGUUUUACUGCAUGCAAUGUCGAUGUCGUCUUUGCAGUAAGUGUGUCCACGACGACCCCGAGGCGCAAAUACCAGUGGCACAUGAUCAACAUCUUGAUCGACUGGUCAUCCUUCCUAUUAUGACUGCAGUUAAACAACUGAAGAGUGAUUUGAUGAAAGAAGUGGAAAAUAUGUCAACAGUGAUGUAUUCUGUGGAUCACUAUGACAAUGACCUUGAGGACCAGAAGCUUAUGCUUGAAUUGUCUUGGCUGGCUAGGAAGGAUCAGAUACGACAAGAGUUUGUCUCCUUUCACGCCAUGUUGAUUGACCGAGAAGAGGAACUUAUCAGUAAAAUGGAACACGAUGUGCAGACAGCCUUAGCAGGAAUGUCAGACCUGAUGGAAAGGAAACAUAAAUUAGAACGGACUGAAUGUCAGAUAUCUGAUGAAUGUUUGAAUCUGGUCCAGGAAGAGACAUUGCCAAAGCUACAUGUAGAUGAUUUCUUCCAGAAACAGGAAAUGCUUAUUGAUAAAUGUAAAGGUCUUGUAGAAAAAGUGAAGCUUUUGCCUAAAGCUGCUGAUCUGUGGCCAGUGUAUUUGAAAAUGCCAUUCAGCAUGUAUGUGGAAAAGAUGCAUCUCGAUAAGUGCCUUCAGUUCACCAGUUUCGAGAGCUACAACAUUUCUUCGUAUGAAAAAGUCAAGUACGUGCCUUUGUCACACGUGGGUAACCCUGUGUUCUGCAGAGACCUCCUCUGUUCAGUAGAGUCAUUUCCACCAUCCACAUCUUGCUGCUUUGAUGUUGAAAUCCACACACCAUUGUCACCACAUUCCACCCAGUAUUCAUCGGUGUCCAUGGAUUUCUGCAUCUUUAACGGCAUUGGACGAACUAGGCUGGUGACAAAUGCGUUGUACCUGCUGGUAUUUCAACCUGUAUUCACCAGUGUCGGCAACCGAGGAAUAACCACAGUUGUGAGGGGCAACAAGUUGGGCGUGAUGAUUUCAACAGAUUGCAGCAAAGUUUCUGUAAGGGCGAAUAUAAAACACAUUCCUUACGACAAAAUCUCAAAUCCGGUAUACUGUAGAGAUCUGUUACAAAUGGUAGAGUCUGUUUCUCCAUCAUUGUUGUGCACCUAUGAUCUCGAAAUACACACUUCACUGUCAGAGACAAAGUCAUAUCCAUCUGUGUCAGGUGAUUUCUGCCUCUUUAAUGCUUUUGGAAACACAGAUUUAAAACCAGGGACUGUGUACCGCGUGAAACUACAUCCUAUAUUCACCCCUUUGGCCAACCAAGAAAGCAACCUGUCUUUCAGAGGAAGUAGACUGUCUAUGACUCUCAUUACAGGUAGUGAUCCUAAAGAGCAUUUAAAGAAUCAAGAAAGAAAAGGCUGUUGUUAAAUUGUCUUUUGUGAGACAAUGUAUUAGACUGUAUUACCUUUUAGAUAAAUUUCAUGCGUUUGAUUGGUCAAUAGCCAAUGCAUACCACAAAUACACUGGGAAAAUACAGGAUUUGCAGGAAAAUACAGAAUUUGCCGGGGUGUAUGAAAUGUCACGUGAUUUGCUCGACUGGUUGUACGAAAAUACAAACUGUAGAUGAGACUGACAAAAAAAAUUCCAACACGCCUCACUGAUUAAAUUGUUAAGUCUUGAAUUCAUUAUGAACCGGCCUCGGUGGCGUCGUGGUUAGGCCAUCGGUCUACAGGCUGGUAAGUACUGGGUUCGGAUCCCAGUCGAGGCAUGGGAUUUUUAAU